GCAUCGGGUAGAGAGCUUCCUGGCGGCCAUAUAGCCUGUUACAUGCAUGGCUAUCGUAUAGCCUGUGCUACGAUUUUACAAAUGCGUUUAUUUUUGGGAGGAGUGCUUGAGUAUACUAUCGAACCCUUCGAUCAGCUGGAGGGAUGUUCCAUGGUACUGUAUAAAUGAGGCGGCGUCCUCUUCUUGCAAAUGACAUGAUUUCGAUUGCACUUGUUUUCUUGCUACAUGUUAUGGAAGUACAUGACACUUUUCAUCCGUCCUUUUUCUCUAUUCAUGUUCAAUAUUGGCGUUUUGCAAGGUUAAAUAACGGAAAAUUGGCAAGUCAGGGGGGUUUGGCUGGUUACCAUGGGUUACUUGUGAGAAUUGCAUAUGAUAUAUGUUGCCCCGUCCUCUAUGUCGUGGUUCAUCUUAUACUGUGGUUUUGUUUUGAUGUGGUUUGGAGUUUGCAUUUGACUCCUUUGGGUUGUGAUUGAGGGCUUCCCCCCAGGCUGUUGGGUCCAUACGACUUUGCAUACCGGCUGUAUCAUCUUUCCCCUUGCUCCCUGCAGUGGUGCUGCAUAGAGGGCAGCGAAACGCCAAAAA